UGCACAGGACAGAGGCCUGGUCUGGGGGCGGUGUGGGGAGGUGGGAAGUGGAGAUCACUCUGGCCUCCUCCAUCAUGUCGGCCAACAGGGCAGAGAUGAAGAAGACAAAUCUGAGCAAGAACUACAAGGCAGUCUGCCUGGAAUUGAAGCCAGAGCCGACCAAAGUAAGAAGCUGUUUGGAGGCCAUGCCAGCAGCCAGGCCUGAGAUCCGUGGGGAGGUGACCUGGAGUCAGGGGUCCUUCGCUGUUGCUGGUAGCCAAGACCUGUCCCAGGUGCUGGAGGAUACAGAGAGAGACGAGCUCUUUGCUUUCAUAGAACGUCACACUAGUAACAAGUCAGAUACGCCAGGAAGCAAGGCAAAGUCAGUCGGUUACCUGACCUAUGAUUACAAAGGAAUUAAAGAAAGGCCAUUUACCAAAACAUUAGUGACACAGGAGCUGAAGAAUGAACUUAGGGAGGUGAGGGAAGAGCUGAAGGAAAAAAUGGAGGAGAUAAAACAGAUAAAGGAUAUAAUGGACAAGGAUUUUGAUAAACUUCACGAAUUUGUGGAAAUUAUGAAGGUGCUUCUAAUCCAGGAGGACUUCCAAAGUCCAUUGCAAGAAAGGAUUGCAGACGAAAUAAUUGUCCGUUCAUGGGAGUUUAGAGACAUGAGUAAUAAAAUGUGGGUUGCAGUAACCAGAGGAGAUCUUAUGGAGAAGGAGAUGCAGAAGGACAUGGAUGAGAAGAUGGACGUUCUAAUCAAUGUGCAGAAGAACAAGAAGCUUCCCCUUAGAAAAGGACCAAAGGAGCAGCCGGAACUUGGGCUGCUGGGCAAGGCUGACACAGACCCACGGCUCCGACUCAAGAAAAUGGACAGAGCCGAGGGAACAUCCCUAGCCCGUCACAAGAACACGAUGGCACCACAGAAACCCCAGAAGGACGCGGUGGAUUCCCUUCAUCAGUGCGGGUCCUGCUGUGAGAAAUGUUUGUUGUGUGCCCUAAAGAACAACUGCAAUGAGGGAAAACUUCCAUGCCAGCCCUGGGCACCUUUAUCACCCUUGCCAUCUGGAGCUGCUUUCUGAUUUAUCUGUACCUCAAUGCUGGCGAGACGGAGUACGUACUGCCGACCUAGUGCAGCCCCAGAACCUUCCAGCAGCUGCAGUCCAGCUCCCCAGCUCCCGAGCUAUACAGCCAGGGCAGGCUUCCUAAACACCAUCCGCCCCAGGCCUCCAUCUGGAGAUUAAAAAUCUUCGUCAAAAGCCAAAAAGCAUGUCACUGUUUUC